GUUUUUUGGUCUAUCCAUACUUUACGGGGCACACAAAAAUAUCUCCUCUGUUCCUGUAAUAAAAAACAAACUAACAUUCUCAUUCCUCUCUCGAUCUUACUCAAUUUUGCGUUUCUGCUUUUCAUUUUCUCUCAAGAAGCGUAAAUGGCGAACAAUGGACCUAACUGGGACGGAUUACUCAAAUGGAGCCUCUCACAUUCCGAUGGAGCUUCCUCUUCUAGCCGUAUAAGGUCCUUUGAUAUUUUCUCUGGAAUUCAAUUGAAAUCUCUUUACCCUUUUUCUUUACCGGAUGUUACAUUAUACCCUAGUCAUUCUUGUAUCAAGCUUGUUGUUAUCUUUGACCAACCUAUUCGUCUCUUGCUAGUUGCUAAUAAUAGGUUCUUAUUUUAUUGGAAUAUAUUCUUAAUUCUGAGAGACAAUAAACCAUUUGGACGAUGAAUCUUGAAGUUAUGAUAAAACUGUUUGUUGAGUUAUGAUAUUACUAUUCGUCUUUUGAGUUAUGAUAUUACUGUUUGUUGAGUUGUGAUUUUGGAGUAUUUGAUUGUGUUCUGGUUAGUGAGGAAGAUCGACAAUGGUUUGUGGAAGCUAUGCAAGCACAUACAAUCGAUUCAAUCUCUCGUAUGAAAGUAAUAUCUCAAAUCAUGAAGAUGCCUGAACAAGUCUUGGAGGCUCAAGGAGUUACACCUGAUGAUCUUGAAGGAAUGUUGGCUGAGCUGCAGGAACACGUCGAGUCGAUAGAUUUGGCCAAUGAUCUUCACUCCAUUGGAGGUUUGGUUCCUCUCCUUAGCUAUCUCAAGAACUCUAAUGCGAAAAUUCGAGCAAAGUCUGCCGAUGUUUUGACUACGGUUGUCCAAAACAAUCCAAGAAGCCAGCAACUUGUUAUGGAAGCAAAUGGGUUCGAACCAUUAUUAACUAACUUUAUUGCUGAUCCUGACAUUAGAGUCCGGACCAAGGCACUCGGGGCUAUAUCUUCUCUUAUCCGUAACAACCAACCCGGGAUUACAGCAUUCCGUCUGGCAAAUGGUUAUGCUGGCCUGCGAGACGCUUUGGUCUCUGAUACCGUUAGAUUCCAAAGAAAAGCGUUGAACUUGCUUCACUAUCUUCUCCAAGAAAGCAACUCAGACUGUAAAAUCGUUAGAGAUCUUGGAUUCCCUCGCAUAAUGAUCCACCUAGCAUCCAACCAAGAUUUUGAAGUUCGGGAAUUCGCUCUUCGUGGUCUCCUAGAGCUUGCCCGUGAAGAAUCUGUGAGAAACCUUGAUAGAGGGGAUGUGAAUCUAAGACAGCUUCUUGAGGAGAGAACAAGACGAAUAAUUGUGAUGUCGGACGAAGAUCUUUGUGCAGCUAGAGAAGAAAGACAGCUAGUGGAUAGUCUUUGGACCGUGUGUUAUGAUGAACCGUCCCUUCUAAGAGAAAGAGGUCUGGUCUACCUCCCUUCUGACGACGAGCUGGCUCCUGAUGUGGUUAGGGACCGCUUUGAACCUCCUCUAAGGGCUUGGGCUGCAAGACGACAUGAUGAAACGAGUGAAUCCCCGGUUCCACUUCUUCUUGGUCCUGCACCGUGAUCUCGUUCAACCAAAUUAUUAGAUUUUGCAGUUAUCAACAAAUCAGCUUUGCUUUAGAAUUUCUCUAGCUCUUGUUUAUGUAUAUCUGAGCGACAACAAGACGCUAUUAAAGAGAUUAUCUGUGUUCUGUUUCUGUAAUACAAAUCUACACUCAUGGACUUCAAGUUCUACAACUUCUCCGUUCACUUUGCCAAUAUCAUAGUGUACCGUUAUUAUGUUUAAGUCAUGAAUAAUACUUGCGA